ACCUGCCCACACGAACCACUUCACUGCAUUCCGAGCCCGCGCCCAACCUGGCCCCCGUUUCUUCAAAUGCGCCCCUACUUGCCUGUCAGCUGCGAGCCUCCUGUCAAAUGUUCCCCUACCUGUCAGCUGCGAGCCUUCUCGCAUUGCGGAAUCCCCAUGUCAUCCAGAUGAGCUCAACUUGCGCUAUUUCUCUAAACCCGACCACUGUACUGACAGCAAUAGAGCUGUCCAUAAAAUACUAUUUCUCCCUUCCCCGCGUUUAGCGCCGUCUCUAAAACUCCGCGCGAUGGCUUUCGUCCCUUUGCUUCAACGCCUGCAAGCCACGGUCACGCCCGCGAGCCCCGCUCUGCCGUUCCCCGUCGAGCGCCUCCCCGACGACGUGCUCGCGCUCGUCCUCCGCGCGCUCGCGCAAGAUUCCUUCCGCUGCGCGGCGCUCGUGUCGAAGCGCUGGCUCCGCCUCGCCGCCGCCGCGCUCUCGCAUCUGACCGUUCAGCACCGCGGAUUUAAAUCGAAUCAUAUUAUAGAGAUACACAAUCCCGAGCACAAUCGAAACAAGCAACUCGCGUGGCUUCCGCUCCCCCAACUCCUUUCCGCGCUGGGGCGCUUCCCCACCCUCACGCACGUGUCGCUGGGCGCAUUCUCGAUCUUAUCCGCCGACGGCGACGCGAUCUUCCAAUGCCUGGCUGCCACGUGUCCAGGCCUGACGCAUCUAACGGUGGAGCAUCAGUUUCGCAUGACGGUUACAGUUACCGGCCUCUCGUCUCUCUUCCGCGGGUGCCGCAAGCUCAGGGAGUUCCGGCUUCUCACCACCUACGCCCUCCCGCAUCUCCCCGCCUCCCUCUCCCUCCUCACGGACCUCCACACCCUCCACGUGUGCUCGGAUCCUCACUAUGGAGAAGAUUCGUUACAGAAGCUCGUUUCGGCUCCCGAGAGCAUCAUCGGCGCGCUUCAGCAGCUGCGGGAACUGCGGAUCUGCGCGGGGGCGAAUUUCCAGGGACUCUCGGAGUGCGUCGGCAGCCUGAGUAACCUCCGAAGCUUAAGCGUCAGUAAUUGCUUCUCGGAAGCUGUUAAGAAGCUUCCCGACGCGAUCGGCGAAUUGGGGCUUCUAGAAACCCUAGAAAUCGAAUUGGAUGGGUUGGAGUGCAUUCCGGAAUCCUUUCAACUGCUGACCGGGCUGAAAACCUUUUCCCUUCGAUCGGAGAGUUUACAACAUCUGCCCGAAAAUGUCGUGGCGUCGAUGACUCAGCUGCAGACUCUCUCCCUCACUUUCUGCAAUUCCCUUACAGCCCUCCCUGAUGCCAUCUGCUUCCUCCCCCUCUCCUCCCUCUCCAUCUCCUCCUGUACCUCCCUGGACUCACUACCACAAGAUAUCGGGGCCUUGUCUCAUCUGCGAACCCUAAUUCUCUUCCACCUCCCUAAUAUCUGGUCGCUGCCCGAAAGCCUGGGUAAUUUACCCCGGCUGAAAACGCUGAAGCUGGAGCUGCCGGAGCUGCAGCAUCUGCCCAAAGGAUUUUGUGAAGGAAGCCUGCGCCAUUGCCUGGAAGAGCUGAAGCUGUAUCGCUGUGAACAGCUUAGGGAGCUUCCUCCUUUCCUGUACACGCUGACUCGAUUAGAGAAACUCUGUAUCGCGUCAUGCUCCCUUAUAGAGUCUUUGGAGCCGCUGACCCCUGCGAGCCCUCCUGAUAGUUCCGGACCAGAGCCAGAAUCUUACGGUUUCAUGGAAAGGGUAGUCAUUGCAGCACUGUUCACAGCUGCAGUCUUUACCUCGAUGAUUCUGCUUUCUGUGUCGCUGCUCGCGAUGGAACGGCUCAUAGUGCCUCCCUCCAGUGGCCUAGACUUCAUCCCUCCUGUCCUGCUAGUGCCAGCCGCAAUGCUCACCUUUAGGAAAUCCAGUAAUGCGGCGGUGACGGUCGUGUCUCUCCUUGUUGCUGUAGUGGUUCUGCUGAUUGCUGUGCUGCCCAGGGCUUGGCUCCUCCCUGCCAUGCUGCUCACUGCUGCUCUGCUCGUGGCUGCAUUCCUUAGUAGCGGUAAAGUCAACACUGCUGCUGACACCGACACUGCUGCUGCCACCGUCUCUGCCCAUCCCCCUGCCUUUGUCUCUAUCCCGGUCUCUGACUCUGCUACAAACAGCACAGACUCCCAUCCUGGCCUAGUCUCCCUGACUGAACUAAAAGUUUCCAACUGCCCGCUCAUCUCCUCUCUCCCCAAAAACUUUUCCUUCCCUGCCCUCCACAUGCUGACCCUGCGUUCCCUGGGAGACCUGAGCAAUGACCUGGACUCGCCACGCUGGCGGCUGCCGAACAUGCAGUACAUGGAGUUGGACAAUGUGCGUGGCACUGGGGACGCGGGCUCGUGGCUCAUACGCUGUCUUGCCAGUUAUCGCGCGGGGAGGCAGCAGCUGCUGCUGCAUGAGGAGAUUCUCUUCGUGCUCGUGCAAGGCUUUGAUCUGCUGCUCCAAGCGGCGUGGUGCUUGGUGGUGGGCCCGUUUUAUGCGCCGCUGCGAGGGGCGUGCACCUGGGUGACUUGCACUGUGUGUCGAUUGUACAGGCUGAGCCGCUUACUGUGUAGGAGUAGUUGUAGGAAGCUGCAGUGAGUGACUGGUAUGUCAUGCCAUAUUCAAGGGUUGUUAUUUGCACUCCCCAGCGUUGAGGAAAUACCGUAUUCCCCCAUAUAUA